UUUGACAAAGAUGGUAAUUUGCUCCGAUGGGAUGGUAGCCCAAUACUGUUGGAUAAUAAAAUCCCGCGUGAUCCAGUAGUUUUAGAAUUGUUAGCCAAAUAUCGUCCAGCGGUCGAAGCUCUUACUAAUGACAUAGUUGGCUUCUCCGCCGUGCCAUUGGAAAGGAAAUGUACCACAACUGAAUGCAAUAUAGGCAACUUGAUCACUGACGCAUGGGUAUAUAAUCGUGUGCAACAGUUCCAGGAAUCCAGUGAUUCAGGAUCCGGUUGGACGGAUGCAUCGCUGGCUUUGGUCACUGGUGGAGCAAUUCGGUCGUCAGCGGCCGUUGGAAACAUUUCAAAAUUCACAUUAUCAACAAUAAUACCAUUCAAUAAUACUUUAUUUGUGAUAAGAGUCCCUGGAAAGGUUUUACAUGCAGCUUUAGAACGUUGCGUUCAAGAUUAUGUUGUGGGCAAUGAUGUGCAUGCAAGCACACUAUUUCAAAUGUCCGGUGCACGGGUCGUAUACGAUCUUCACAAAAUGCCUGGCCAACGUUUGCAAUCAGUGGAAGUUUUGUGUUCAAAGUGCAAAAUUCCUUCAUUUGAACCCCUUAAUGAGGAACGCAUUUAUGGUGUUAUCAUUGAAGAAUACAUAUAUAAAGGAAUUUACAAAGGUGAAGAAGGAUUUACUAUGUUUCUGCCUUACAAACCAAUCAGUAUGAAGAUGAACUCAUUGGAAGCGGUUACUAAUUACAUCAAGCAUCAUGGAUUGAUCUAUCCAGCAAUCGAGAAUCGUAUAAAAUUUGUUGGGCAUAGCGAAAGUCAAGCUUCAACCACAUCAAUUUCGGUGGCUGUACUUGCAGUUGUAGUCCUUGUCAGUCAACUAAUUCAAUAAUAAGCGAAUCAUUGGGUGGAAGCUAAGACCUAAAAAAAACUGAAAUGACGCGAGCGCCCGCAAUUUCAAUAAGCAAAUCAAUGUUAUUCCGUAAUUUUUUGAAUUUUGUUGAUGUUUACAUAUGAAAAACAAUGGUUUAAUCAAAAAUAAAAAGAAUUACAUUGGUAAUCCCGAAC